CUAUUUCCCCAAACAAUCGACGACGGCUGAAAGCUUCUUCCUUCCGCUUUUCCAACCCUCCAAGUUGUUGAACGUUGGUAGCCCUGUUUGUUUUGUUGCGCACCCCGCCCCGCGCUUCGGCCCCGCCCACUAAUGGCUGUCAAGCAAGAGUCAAGUGUUAAGAAAAAAUGCAUUUAUUCAAAUUAAAAAAUGUGUAAAGAAUUCUUCGGUAUUGAUCGAAUACAACUGUGAAAACUGAAACUCUCCUGACAAUAAGAUCACCAUAUCCGUAGUUUGUGUAAAUAUGAGCUAGUGGAUUAGUGAAUUCAAAUAAUUAUAAAAUGUACAGCGCUGGGAUGUGCCUCGGCGAGCUUUGAGUGUGAGGUGCGAGGCAGGAACUCCAAUGCAUUUCUGGAUAGACAAACGCAGCCAGUGCUACACCGGCCGCCACCGCGUGCCCUCAUCUUUGUCAGCUGGGGUGGGGCGGUCGCGCGGUCGCGUGUGCGUGGGCGCGCGCAAGGGCAUGGCGGCGCCCGUCCACCGCUUCGCAGCCGUCGACUGUCCGCCGCGCCGCCCGCCGCGCACACACCGACACUAUGGGCCCCCACCAAUGCCGCCGGUCCACACAUCCCGGCGUCAAAACGAAGAGCCAAGCCUCUACGUGGAAAUACCCCCCGAGCCCCCCCAACCGACCAUCGCCAGUCUCGCGGCCGCUCGAAGCGUGACCCCAGACACGUUGUUACGGACCGCAGCCCUGGGCCUCCAUCACUCGCCCAUGAUGGCCCCGCAUUUGAAGUUUGGAAUGCUAGUGUCUUUUGCGCUGGCGACGGUGUUUUUAGCUGGUGCUAAGUACUACUUCGAUCGGCAGGUGGUACGCGACAGCUCAACCGGCGCGGAAGUGAACGUGGUCGUAGCAGCAGUGUCUAUGGCGUGUGUCUGCGGCGUAGGCUGCGCGUUGUCCAUGUGUCGCGCGAAGCCUGCCCCGCUCGCGCCGCCUGACCGCGUGUCUUCUACCGCACGCCGCGCUGCACCGCCGCCGCGCGAGGAGCCUUCUCCACCAACCGAAUCCGGCGACGAGCUGUCCCUGAGCGCGCUCCUCGAGCGCACCGGCUCGGAGCGCGCGCGGCCGGCGCCUUGUUCCACCGCGGGGGAGGCGCCGCCGCCCUACCACAUCGCCGUGCUGCUGCCGCCGCGCUCGCCGCCGCCGCCCGCCUACAGCGCGCUCAGGUAGCUGGAGCACCUCACCGGCACCGAGUACAUCAUAUAGGUGAGCCCUCUACCGGAUCCAGUAUAACGCCGUUUACAUCUCUUAUUGAUUGCCACGAGAUACAUGUAAGAUCAAGUCUCUGACGGUAACGUGAUCGUCGUUUAAGUGUUAUUAAUCUUAACCUUUUAGCAGCCAAAGUCGACAAUGCGAGUGGAUCUAGCCUACGGAUUUCAAACCUGGACCGUAAGUGCGUUUUCACGUUAUUCGUUCCGAUAUCGAAUGUAGGACCGAUAUCCCAUAAAUUAUAGGCGCCAUCUUGGAUAAUG